AAUUAUGUUUUUUGUAUGUGUAUAAAAUAGAAUAGAAGAGGAAAAUUAGAAAGGGAAAUUAGGGUUAGGGUUUUAGAAGAAGAACAAGGAUAUUCUAGUUAUGGAAAAUGAAGAAGAAACCACCUCCGGAAACCACCAGCUGCCUGUCAUUGAUGACGGCGAGUCACCGGAAACAACAAGAACAGAUGAUAUCACUAUUACUAGUAUAGAUAAUGAAUCUGAUAAGAAUGCACAAGUGAUGCCUGAAACAAACAUUCAACAAGAAAACACUGAUUCGAUGGAGAAAGGUAUUGCUGAUGACGUGGCGACGGUGGUUGAAUGUGGUGGUAUUGAGAAUGAAAAUGUAGAUGAAAUUGUUGGUGGUGAUGACACGUGUAAUGAUGGUGUGGAAGUCGAGAAACAAGGAGACGAAACACUGAUAACUGAAGCGGACGCAGAUGAUGAGGAGAAAGAAACCGAGGCACGAGAGAGUGAAUUAAGAACUGCAGAAAUUGUAGAAAAAGAUGAUGUUAAGGAACAGGGAGGAGACGGAAGUGAAGCAAUGGCAACUGAAGGAAAAGGAGUGGGUAAGGACGAGGACGAAACAGAGGCACAAAAUGUGGAAAAAACCUUGGAUAAAACUGAAACUGCAGAACUUGUAGAAAACGACGAUGUUAAGGAACAAAGAGGAGAUGAAAGUGAAACAAUGGUAACAGAAGAAAACCGAGUGGGUGAGGAGGAGGAUGCAGUGAUGGCAAAUGAUGAAAUAAUGGGAGAAAAAGGAGUGGGUAAGGAAGAGGAUGCAGUGAUGGUAAAUGAUGUAACGAUGAUAGCAGAAGAAAAAUGUGUGGUUAAGGAAGAGAAUGCAAUGAUGACAAUUGAUGAAACAAUGAUAACAGAAGAAAACCGAGCGGUUAAGGAAGAAGAAGAACAGAAAGACGAUGAAUUGAUGGCAAACGAUGAGAAACAAGACAUGGAGAAAACGUUAGAUGAUACUGAAACGGAGACUGACAAAUUGACGGAUGAAGCAGAAACAAAGUUAGAUAAAUUGACUGAUACUGAAAUGGAGGAUGAAAAUGAAGCAAAUUUAAUAGAUAGUGACGAAGAUAAAGGCCAAGAAGAAGAGGAAGAAGAAGAAGAAGAAGAAGAAGCUGCUUUGAUUGAAUCAGAAACUGAAUCGCCAGAGUCGUCAUCCAAGAAAGGUGGCGGUAGCCAGGGAAAACGGAAAAGAGGAGGGAAGGUUUCAAAACCAGCCUCAAAGUCUCCUGCUACACCUAGGAAGACCAUUGAAGAAGAUGUUUGCUUCAUUUGCUUUGAUGGCGGAGACCUUGUGUUGUGUGACCGAAGGAACUGUCCUAAAGCUUACCAUCCUGCUUGUGUUAACCGAGAUGAUGCCUUCUUCAAAUCUAAGGGUCGUUGGAACUGUGGUUGGCAUCUGUGUAGUAUGUGUGAGAAAAAAGCGGAGUACAUGUGCUAUACUUGCACAUUUUCUUUGUGCAAAGCUUGCAUUAAAACCCAUGGUUUGUUAUGUGUAAGGGAGAAAGAGAAGAAAGGCUUGUGCGAGGCAUGCAUGACAACUGUCAUGAAAAUAGAAAAACCGGAUGAUCAGGGAGAUGUAAACUUUGACGACAAAAAUAGCUGGGAGCAUCUUUUCAAGGACUAUUGGCUAGAAACGAAAGCAAAGAAUAAUUUGUCUUUUGAUGAACUUGCCCAAGCUAAGAAUCCUUGGAAGGGACCUGGAAAACAAGAAUCUUUGAUCGCACAAUCUGAUGUUAAAGAUGACAAUGGUUCGGGUCCAGAGAAUCUUCCUGAGACCCCAAAAGCAAGAAAGAGCAAAAGAAAUGCAAAGAAGCAAAAAUCUGCUGCUAAGGUAGAUGACUUAAAUACUGAAGGCUUGGUGCCUGAGAAUGCCGAGUUGGUAUCAAAAGAACUUCUGGAAUUCGUGAUGCACAUGAGAAGUGGUGACAACUCUGCUAUAACUAAGUCUGAAGUCCAGGAUCUUUUGCUUGAGUACAUUAAAAGAAACAAACUUCGUGAUCCUAGUUGUAAGGGUUUUGUCAUUUGUGAUAAAAGACUCAUAAAGCUUUUUGGUAAACAACGUGUGGCACAUAUUGAAAUGUUAAAGCUUCUAGAAUCUCACUUUUUUAUGGAAGGCGAUUCUCAGAUAGAUGACCUUCAAGAGACUGUUGUUGAUACUGAAGUUAGCCCGGCUGAUGACAAAGACAGGAAACGUAAAGGGCGAAAGAAAGUUGACAGACGAGGACCACAGUCCAAUCGUGAUGAUUAUGCUGCAAUUGAUAUGCACAACAUAAGCAUGAUUUACCUGCGGCGGAAGUUGGUGGAGGACUUGCUUGAUGAUAUGGAAACAUUUCAUGAAAAGGUUGUUGGUACUUUUGUUAGAAUAAGAAUCUCUGGAGCUAAUCAGAAGCAGGAUAUAUAUAGACUGGUGCAAGUUAAAGGUACUAGUGAAGCAACCCAAUAUACGCUUGGCAAAAGGACGACAUGCAUCAUGCUUGAAAUUUUAAAUCUUGACAAAACUGAGAUUAUAUCCAUCGAUAGCAUUUCCAAUCAAGAGUUCAUGGAGGAUGAAUGUAAGCGCCUGAGGCAAAGUAUAAAGUUUGGGUUUAUAAACAGACCGACUGUGGGAGAUGUUUUGGACAAAGCCAUGGAACUUCAGGCAGCAAGAGUGAAUGAUUGGUUUGAAACCGAGGUUCUGCGACUUAGUCAUCUUCGAGAUCGAGCAAGUGAUUUAGGGCGUAAAAAAGAGCUCAGAGAAUGUGUAGACAAACUAAACCUGCUGAAGAUGCCUGAGGAGCGAGCCCGUAGGCUAGAAGAAAUUCCACUAAUACAUGAUGAUCCUACUAUGGAUCCUGAACAUGAGUCUGAUGAUGACACUGAUUUGGAUGAUAAGAAGCAAGAAGUACACAGGAGAUCUGACAGUUUUAGAUUAAACAAAAGAGGAAGAGAUCAGUUUUCUCCAAGAGGAGAUUACAAUUCUAAAGAAUCUUGGAGUGGUAACCCCAGCAGUUCAGCCAAAAGUUAUGAGUUUAGCAGAAGCUUGUCAAAUAGAAAUCUUUCAAACAAGGCGGAAGAUGCAACUACUUCAUUUUUUGAGAUGCAUACGGAUAAUUCACAGGAUCAAGGAAGGGAGAUAUUUGUGCAACAACCAAUCAUAUUAGAGAAGCCAAGUGUACCUUCCCCAAGAGGAACUCCAGCUGCACCAGAAUCUGCUCCCAAAGUGAAUGAAACAGAGAAAAUGUGGCAUUACAAGGAUCCCUCUGAAAAAAUUCAAGGACCAUUUACCAUGGUGCAGCUGCGCAAGUGGAGUAAAAAUGGAUACUUCCCUGCUGGUUUGAAAAUAUGGCGAAAAAGUGACAAGGAAGAUGAUGGUAUUCUUUUAAGUGAUGCAUUGGAUGGUAAGUUUCCACUUUUUGACCUGCGAACAAGUCAAGAUGGACACAUACUGAAUCAUGACCGUAGUCAUGGUCAAUCACAGCUGAGAAAUAGGGAUACUAUUGAGAAACCAAACCUAAAGUUGUCAGAUGAUAUUGCUAAGCUUCCUUCACCUACACCAACUAUAGCCACCACUGUUUGGACUGGGGGACAAGCUGGCUCACAGGCAGGACCUGGUUCAUACCCUAGCGAAAAUGAAGCUAUGCAAUCACCAACACCAAAUAGUUCCCUUUUGGUUGGUUCUUCUGUCUCAUCUUUGGUUAAAUUUGGAAACAAUGAGCCAGGAUCUGUUGGUGUUUCCACAUUCCAACCUCAUAAUUCUAUCACUCCUGUCUCGGUUGCAGUUGCACCACAAACCAUUGACCAGGGUAUUCUAAGUUCUGUCCAAUCUUCCCAAUUAGUUCAGCAGGUUGCCCCACCCGGCACCAAUAUGCCUCCUCAAAUGGUUCAGACUUUAAGUGGUCAAAUUUCUCAGGGCUGGAGCAAUGCACCUUCAAUGAUUUUGCCGCCAAACCAGUCUAUGAAUAAUGCUGGACUACAACAGGUAUAUAACCAAUGGACCGGUGUUCCAAACAUGGUGCAAAAUCCUGUUGGAAACUUUAUGACAGUACCCCAAGAACAUUGGGGACAAUAUCCUUUUCCUGUUAAUCAACCUAGUAUGCAGCAGCAGCAGCCACCACAACCAACGCAACCCCCACAAGGGAAUGCAAGUUGGGGUGCAAUGAUUCCAACUCCACACAUGGGAUGGAUUGCUCCUAACUCCGGAACUCCAAUAAAUUGGGGGCCCAUGGUUCCAGGUCCACAAGUAACUGGGAAUGUCGAUCCAACUUGGGUUAUGCAAGCUGGGAGCAUUGGUCCAGUCCCAGGGAAUGUGCAAGCAGGUUGGGUUCCUCAGCCUCCAGUUCAAGGGGUUCCUCCAAAUCAAGCCUGGGUUGCUACCCCAAUUCAAGGGCCAGUAGUUCCCGGAAAUGGGAACCCUGGCUGGGUUGUCCCCCCUGGAACUCAAGUAGCUCCCAAUGCUGCUUGGGCUGCACCAGCUGUCAAUCAAGGUCCUGCUAGUAUGAACAGUGGGUGGGUUGGACCUGGGAACCCAGGUGCUCUAUUUCCAAGCCAAGGACCUGGACACAACUUGGGUUGGGUUCCGCCAGCCGGAAAUCAAGGAGCACCACCACCACUAUCACCCUCUCCAUCACCAUCACCAUCGGGGAACAAGUCCAACAACCAGAAUUGGGGUUCCCGAAAUCAUGGGAACUGGGGUGGUAAUGGUCAUAGAGGGGGUUUCUCUGGGGAACGGUGGAAUAGAGGAGGUCCUGGCUUCCGUGGCAAUAGAAGGAAUUAUAAUAAUAAUCAAGAGUCGUUCCACAAAGAUGGUGGGUCAUAUCACGGAGCAGGAAUGGGAGAUUCUUCACGAUCUUCUGACCAUUAGAAUAACAACUUUCUGCAUCGACUGGAUAUGCUGGAGUUUUGAUUAGUGCAGUUUACAGGAUAGUUACUUUCUGUAUAGCAAUUUUUGGGUUAGACUUAACUUUGGGAUCCUGUUAAUAGAUAUAGAGCUUGUGCAGUGUAUGUGUGGCUUAUGUGCUCACAGUACUUGCCGUAAGUUUUAUAAUUCGGUAGCAACAGUUAUUGUAAUUUGCUUCUUAUACAGGAACCCUGGAGAAAGCCAUAGUUCCCAUCUUUGCAGCUUUUGAACAUAAUAGUGGGCGUUUUUCUCACAUGUGAAUAUUCAGCAAGGCUUAUUUGCAUGCA